GAGCCUCCGCCCCGCCGGUAUGUUCACGGGAACUCCCCCCUAAGUUCCCCGGCUCUCUUCUCUCUGCUCAUUCUCUCCAUGAGCGUUCACACACGCAUACACACAAUCCCUCUCUGUCACACACACGGAGCCUCUGCGUGUUGAAGCAAACCUCCGUAUGCUUUCUCCGCUCUUCCCCGGCUACCCGAAAAGCGGCUGUUCGGUUUCGCAGUCUGCGUCGAGCCUUGUCGUGACAGAGUUUGGAAACGGCUGAAGGAGUUAAGGAGGGGAGACGAAGGUAAGCGAUGCGGUCAGAAUGAGCGCUUUCCCUUGUCCCUGUUCGGAAAACUUUACCGUGCGAUUACCGCCGUCCCCGCUGCAUUGUAGGGGUGGUGAUGGGGGGUCGCCUGUACCAUCAGCUGCGGGGUUUUUCAUAACUGGGGCGUGUUUAUUGGGGUAUUUGUCUUUGCGCGCGCGUAAUGGUGCGUGCAAAUUCGCACAAGUGCCCUUUCACUUCAGUGGAGGAUCCUCCAGUCGUGUGAAAGGAAGUUUGGAGAUUGGACGCGCAGAUUGUAGCGGAUCUUUGAACCUGCCCGCUGCAAACAGCACGGAAGCUGUGAGCGAAACCUUGCGGGAAAGCUGCUGAAGCGCUCAGGUGGUGUCCUCCUAUCCAAAACACAUGCUCAUCCUAACAAAUUGCUGACAGAACAAGACGGACGGGGUAAGGGAGUACGGGAAAGAGAGAUCUCCCAGACGCACACUCAUAAAGAGAAAGGGGCCAUUGGCCAUCUGUGGUCAGUCCCCUGCUAUUUUGCAGCUGCGUUGGAGUCAGCGAAUGGUCCUGAGCUCUGAUAGGAAAAAGAGUUUUUUCUCCAACGUUGCCCAGGGGAUGAGCCCAGGCUAGGGCAAUGUUAAAGCCUCGCUGGCCUUGGAUUAAGCCCCUUGGGCUAUUUUGUGUAGGGAUGGGUGAUACCCCAGCUGGAUCCUCUGCUGUCACUAUUCUCCACAGCUAUCAUUAGUGGCUAAUGAGCUGCUGCUAGAGAGGAAACGGGGAAGGUGCCUGCGGAGAGAGGUGAAACCUUACAGCUCUUAUUAAGAGGCCCACAGAGAAUUCUUUGCCUAUUUAAAGCUUUGACUAGCAUGACUUUGCCAUUUAUUAUUGUAGGCAUUUCUUUGUAUAUUUUGAUAGCCUUUUUUGUUACAGCAUAAAAAUGGCACCUAGAAGUUGAAAGACUUUUUUUUUUUUUUUUUUUUUUUUUCUUCCAGGAAGAUGAUUCAGUGUUUGGACAUAAAUUAUUUUUCUCAUGAAGCAGUUUCAAAAAUAUAUUUUUAUUCAGGAGGAAUUUUGGUAGAUUGUUUUUGUUUUACUCUUCCCGAUAAUUUUGACCUUCCUAUUCCCUGAAGAUCAUUGGUCACCAUGGCAGCAGCCUAUCGUGUUGUUGUGAGCAGCGUGAGCUGUUACAACAGUGUGGUAGUAGACCGACGCACUCACUCCCAUGCAGUACACUACUGCUCAGGGCCAUGUGGAGCACUGUCCCAGGGCUUGGACUGCACUGUUGCACACCGUGGCACCUGUUCUGAGCUCCUUGUUGCACCUGACCCUCAAUACAAUGACCUUAACAGCUCGCCCAUACACUCCCGCAACAUUAUUGCUCAGCAGCUUCCUAACCAUGCUAAAGUUUGUCUUGCCAUGGAUAGUACUCAUAAUGGGAGCCUAGAGAGGGCAGGCAGCAGUGGCAAUUUAUCUUUAGGAGAAGAGAGCCCAACAUGGCGUGGUAAGAAGACCUCUGGUGGUGGAGCAUCGACUGGGAGUAUGACCUCCUCUGGCAGUCUGAAGGAUAUUACCGAAGAAGCCAUCAACCUGGCCAGUGGUAAACUCAAGGAGUUUUCAUUUGAUAAGCUCCGCCUCUCAUCCUCCAGCCACAUCACCUUCCGGAAAGGCCGUAAAGUCCGUCCUGACUCUUUUAGCCGUCGCUCCACCGACCUGGAGAUUAUUUAUGGCCACUUCAGCUCCAACCUUACCACAAAUGCAACUACUAACGGUAUGACAAAUGGCACGGCUUCUUCUAAUGAUGAGAACCUGCCACCAUUUGUGCAAGGGAAAGGAACGGUGCUAGAGGAAACGAAGAUUAAGGGCAACCCAGGCACCAUGUCGUCCAUCACCAAAGUUGCUGGUGGCUCAACAAACAGCCUCACGAGUAUUGGGUCAUUAGACCAAAGUCUGAACACAGUGGCCUCCCUGUACCGCAACACCCUAGGAGAAGAGAACUUAAUUGCCCGUCUGCUGGAGAAGACGCGAGCGGAGGCAGCUACUGGCGGAGCAGGUGGCGAAGACAUACGUGCCUGCCUUGAUAUUCUGCUUAAAUGUUCUGAAGACCUUAAGAAAUGCACUGACAUAAUCAAACAGUGCAUCAAACACAAAGCUGGUGGAGGCCCAGAGGAUGGGGAAGCAAGCCCUGACAGUGUGUAUCGGGCUGUGAUGACUCGUCUCAGUUCCUAUCUUAAGAGAUUGCCUCUAGAGCUGGAAGGAAUCGGAGGUUUUGGAGGCUGUGGACAGGGUGCACCUGGAAGCGGGCACAGUGAUUUGGCUGAACUGGUUAACACUCUUCACUCCAUCCAGCAGGGACCUUAUUCGCCGAUAUUUGGCAAUGAACAACCUCCUCGCUAUGAAGAUGUGGUGCUCUCUCCUCCAAUCCCAAAGACUGUUCCACAUUCUGUUUCUGCUCCAUCCUCUGUCUCAUCUACUUCUUUAUCUCUAAAAUCAGAUUCCAUCCAUACCAAACCAGUUCAGAGCUCAGCCCAGCUUAGAGCUACCCCACUUACUAAUGGAGUUAUCCAACAUCCACAUACUUCUUCUUAUACACAACAUACUCUCUCUCCUCCAACCAUUAUAUCCUCUUCAUCCAGCUCCUCUCCAACACACUCCUCCUCCCCUCUUCGUAACUCCCCGACCCCAGCUUAUACACACACUCCCCCAGCAUCUCCCAUGGAGGCUCUUUAUAUUGAGGAGGAGGAAGCAGAUAUGGGAAAGACACCAGAACAAAUCUCACAGCAGACACACACUCCAUCUAGAGGGAUGAACAGCAGCCAGAGCAAAAGUGGGACUAUGAUGGGGCAACACAUGCACCUGUCCCAAACACACACGCUCUAUAACUCUUCAAAUAAUUUGCCAGUCAGCUCUGGCUAUGGCUCAAAUUGGCCUUCCUCUGCGUCACUAACAGUCUCUGCACCCAAAGCUGCUGCACACAGGAAUGAUGACAUUGACAAGCUGCUCAUGGACUUGGAGAAUCUCUCUCAAAGUAUGACUCAUCCCAGAAAGACAGAGCCUCCACUUCCAGCCAAAACCAGGAAGAGAGAUGGGAGCCAGGGGAUCACCUCCAGUGAGUCCUUCACUCAACCCAAAAUGGCUCUGUUCCAAGUCUCAAAGCCAGACAGCCACUUAACCAUGAACGGCAUUAGCUCCAGAACUCCCCAGAGUUUCACUCCUCCUAAAGAAGAGAGGAGUGAAAAUGUGGCAGGAGAGGAGGAGGAUGGGGCAUUGUUGCUGAGAAUCCUUGAGAGCAUUGAGAGUUUUGCCCAAGAACUGGUGGAUUCCGGAGCAGGGAGCACAGGGAGUGCUGAGAGGAACAGUGGAAAGGAGCGGGAGGUGAUGAGGCUCCUGCAGGAUACACUGGCCACCGCUGGCAGGGCUGAUACUCCUCUGGAGAGCACAAACCCACCAGCUGCUCCCACCGCUCCAACUGUACAUACAGAUGCAAUCUCAGAUACACUGAUAAAACACACCUUGGCAAAUACACCUGAAGUUUCACCUGCCCCAACACCUGCAGUAUCUGAUUCUGAAAGCAGUGCUUCAGCUGAACAAGCACCUAAAUCUACACCUGAAAGUGCUCCCCAACCUUUGCCUACACCUACACCUGACCCUCCAGUAGAGUCUGUGGAUAAAAUUCCAGAAGCGUCUACAGAUGAGGAUGACUCAAAACCAGUCUCUGCCCCGAUAUCCUCUGCACCUGCAAACUUGCAUUCCUCUACGCUUUCCGAUGAAACCAUACCUGUGGCCGCACCUGAAGCUCCAGCUCCUGUUGCUACGCCAACCACAGCAAGUGCUACCGUUGCUGUUGGUGAACAUACUGCUUUGAGAGAUGCUGGCUCAACCCUUCUUAUCCAGCAGACUCCAGAGGUCAUUAAAAUCCAGUCGAAACCAGAAAAGAAACCCGGAACGCCUCCUCCCGCUCCAGUUGCAACCACAGCCACACCAGCCCCCACGCCACGCUCACCCAGCCCUCCUCCAGCUCCGGUGAUAGUCACCCCUCCUCCUCCUGCCAUUAACAUUCCCAGGUUCUACUACCCUCGUGGGCUUCCUGCCCUGGGCCCGGCUGCCAACCACGAUGCAGAAAUUGCUGCCAUUGAGACAGUCUUCACCGAGUUUGAGGAGGAGAAGGCUGAUAUUUAUGAAAUGGGCAAGGUCGCGAAGGCAUGUGGGUGUCCACUUUACUGGAAAGCACCCAUGUUCUACGCAGCAGGUGGUGAGAGGACAGGCUUUGUGUCUGUUCACUCGUUCAUUGCAACUUGGAGGAAGUUGUUGCACAGUUGCCAUGACGAUGCCUCAAAGUUUGUUUACUUGCUGGCUAAACCUGGCUGUAACUACUUGGAGCAGGAAGACUUUAUUCCUCUACUGCAGGACAUUGUAGAUACACAUCCUGGGCUCACGUUUCUGAAGGAUGCACCUGAAUUCCAUUCACGCUACAUAACAACGGUGAUCCAGCGGAUAUACUAUGUAGUGAACCGGUCAUGGAAAGGUCGUAUCACAAUGAUGGAGCUACGCCGGAGUAAUUUCCUUCAAACUCUGGCCCUGCUGGAAGAAGAGGACGACAUCAACCAGAUCACUGACUACUUCUCCUACGAACACUUUUACGUCAUCUACUGCAAGUUUUGGGAGCUGGACACUGAUCAUGAUCUGUACAUUGACCCCAAAGAUCUGGGGAGAUACAACAACCACGCAUCCUCAAACAGAAUCAUUGAGAGAUUAUUUUCAGGGGCUGUUACUCGGGGUAACGCUGUGCAGAGAGAAGGCAGGAUGAGCUACGCUGAGUUUGUCUGGUUUCUGAUAUCUGAGGAAGACAAAAAAAAUCCCACCAGUAUAGAGUACUGGUUCCGCUGCAUGGACGUGGAUGGUGAUGGUGUCCUUUCCAUGUUUGAGUUGGAGUAUUUUUAUGAAGAACAGUGUGAGAGGAUGGAAAGAAUGGGCAUCGAGCCUCUACCCUUUCAGGAUUUGCUCUGCCAGAUGCUCGACCUGGUCAAACCUGAGAACCCAGGUAAGAUAACUCUGAGUGACUUGAAACGCUGCCGGAUGGCUCACAUAUUCUUUGACACUUUCUUCAACCUGGAGAAGUACCUGGACCAUGAACAGAGAGACCCAUUUGCUGUGCAAAAGGACAUUGAUAGUGAAGGUCCAGAACCAUCUGACUGGGAUAAAUAUGCCUCAGAGGAGUAUGAGAUACUAGUGGCAGAGGAGACUGCAAAUGAACAGCUGCACGAGGGGUCAUUUGAUGAUGACUAUGAAUCUGAGGAGCUUCAAGUUCCUGGAGAAAUUGGGAAAAUGGAAAAACUGGUCAUAUCAGACCUGUCUGCAUAAAACUUGGAAUUCUUGGGCUUCUCUUUCUGGUAAACAGAAAGCAGCAAGGUGAUGGAGAGCCACUCUGGAUAUAUGCAUCCAUACAUGGAUCGAAAGACAGACAGAGAAAGGAAUUCUGGCUCCUGUCUCAUGAUUUCUCUGUGGAGUUAUUGUAUUGUAUGUGUGUGUGAGUAUGGCCAUAAACCAGUAUUGUUCUGGUGUCUGGUGCAAUAAUGCAUCUGUAUUCACACAAAAAAGAAUGUCCCUGCCUCCAGCUUUUUGCUCCACAGAAGCCAAAGACAGAAGUUUGGUAAGCUCAAGAAGGACUCAAAGAAAAACACUUAACUGUAAAAUAAUGUAAUUAUUGUGAAUUCUCUACUGACAAUCCUGCCAAAGGACAAUCUUUUUAAGAAUUUUGCUAAGCUCAAGUUAGACUGACGGGAAGCCUGCCAUGCACACAAGUAGGCAUCUAGUGGGAGAAACUGGCAGGUAGAAAAAAUAAUGACAAUGAAUAGACACUGCCAUUGAAGAGCAACAGUCCACUGCUUAAAAGUAUGACACACACUGCCUUGAGAAACCUGCUGUGUGAGCAUCUUGUCACCAUGUUUCUCGUAAAGGAAGCUGUUAGUCCCUUUAAUUAGAGGUCAUAGAACAGCUUGAGCGGUUAUAUCAGCACCUCCACUUAGUGGCCAGUAUGUGGUACUGCAUGCCAUCCGUGGCCUGCACAGUGCUUGAUGGCUGGCUGUCAUUUCUGUGAAGGAGUUUAGUUGCCUGAACUGUUCUUUAUUGUUGCAGCACUAUCAGCGCUCCACCUCUGGACGCUCUCCGGAGUCAUGGACAGUUAUUUUCAAGCUCUACAAUUUCAAUGUAUUAAUUCUCAAUCAGAUAAUGGUGAAAGAUAUGGGAUAUGCACAUCAAGUGAUGCACAAUGCCAGUCAUAUCAAACUCUCCGGUAGAGUUGCCCAAACAUUUCCACCAGUAACAUUUGUAAUGAAACAAUAGAUGUGCCUACGAUUUGUAAGUUGUUCCUGCCAGUCUCAUGCAACAUCUCACUGUAUGUUUUCCCACAUCCUUCUUUUCUUUUCUUUUCUUUUCUUUUCUUUUCUUUUCUUUUCUUUUCUUUUCUUUGUUAAACCUUUAUUUUUUUAUGGAAUUUUCAAUUUGACAAGCAGAAGUGUAGAACAAAAACAUUGGGCUUGAGUAAGCUCAGCGCACAUCCAAGACAGACGCACCGAUACAGUACAUUACACAGAAAGCUGAGCUUUAUUGUUUUAAGUUAAAAAGAGAGAACUGGGAAAAGUCAUUCUGUCUUUUCAUCAUCAGAGUUAUCUUCUCCGUUUAUUCUCUCACAUCCUUUUUUGAAUUUGUGCACUGCCUUCUAAUUCAUGUGAACUGUUACUGUCGUUUAGUCUCUGCAAAAGUAUCCCCUUUUUACAUACCUGUUUACAUCUCAUCACUAUUGAUCAUUUGUUUAUCAGCGUUUCUGAAGUCCACUCUACCUGUAACACACAAAAACACACCACUAAAGAUGCCUUUUAAUAAAUAGGUUGCCUAAAGCAAAUUUUAAACUCACAUAUGUAGUGGUAUCAUGCCGGCAAACCAUUACGUAGAUACGUUUGAGAUUUCAAACAGCACUUCACUACAGUGUUUGUGGCUUUUAGAAAAAAUGAUUCUCUGAACACGUGUCCCUGUUAUUCAAACAACAGAAGACAUGCUGAAGAGUUUCCAGUAGAACUCUCUGUAGUGUACAUUGUCCUGACACUACAGUUUGUGCUUUAUAGAGACUAAGAUGCAUAGAUGUGUCACUGCUCAAUUGCUGUAUAGAUUCUGUACUGAUAUGAAGCCUUUUUUUUUUUUUU